CCUCCACCAGAUGCUCUCCCUGGUCGCCGAGUCCCAGAACGGCAGCUCCACACUCAGCUUCCUGCAGUGGAAGGCAACAGCCUACGGCUCCCAGACCCCGAGGCGUGAGGACAACAUCCAGUGCCGCUCUCGUGGCCUCCAGGCAGCCAACUGGACCCUGCCCGCCUCCAGCGUUGUCCGUGCCUACUUUGGGGAGGGUGUAGGCAGCACCUACACCGUCAGUGCCAUCAAUAUCUCUUUUGGGGGAGAGGAUGGGAAGGUUUACCAGGAGAAGCGCUACCUGAGCUGGUCGGCGCUGCUGGGCUUCGGGCAGCCCCCCAAGGACACCUUCUCCCCCCUCGUCAUCUCCAUCAUGGCGGUGGCACUGGGCACCCCUGUGGGGAUGCUGCUGGUGGGCAGCUGCCUGGUUCUCUUGGCCCAGAGGAAACGUUACUCUGAGUACGACCCCAUCAACUGAGUGGGACGCUCUCUGGAGAGACCCCCAGGAUCCUUCCUGUCGCCAGGAAACGACCGUGGCUGCUGCAGGGGCUCCAGUGUCCGCAAUCUCCUCUCUGUCCUCCCUCUGUCCCUGCAGCCCAGGCUCGGAGGGGACCAGGGCGACAUUUGCAGCAGUUGCCCACGUCGCAGAUCGCUCUGUCCUGCUGCUUCUUACUGCCCAGGUCCUGCACCGGAUUUCACUUCUUCCUCUGUUUUCCCCUGACCCAUCCAGCCAAGGGAAGUGACUAGUGGGAGUCGGUCAGGGUCACCUUGAGCUGCGGGAUGAUCCUCCUCCUCCCAAGGGAUAAAACCACUGUCGUUGUGUCUGCGGCAGCUGGGGCUGGGCCCUUCUGGAGCGCUCCAGGGUUCUUUGGGUGCCUCCAACCAGGAGCAGGGCUGCAGGGCAGGGCUGGGGACCAGUUACUGCUCCUGCCAGCGUGCAGGGUGCCUUGCUGCUUCUCGCUGUGCUGGGGGCAUCCCAGGACAGCCCCCCUCAACCCAGCUGGGCCUCACAGACUCCCCAAUCCCCAACAAGCACUUUCUGCUGUGCUGGCCUUGCUGAGAGCUGCUGGUGCAAAAGGGAAACCCAGUGCUGCUUUGGGGCAGCUGCUUGAGCUCAGGUAUGUCCUGUCAGCCCACAAAGGGCUGAUCCAGCCCUUGCUCUCGGCCGUUGGCUCUGCAGGGCUGGCUCGCAGGUGCUCUCCAGGUGCUUGGAGCCAUGGGGCGAGCGUGAUCUGUGGCUGCUGGGUGUUUGCAAAGGUACCUGUCACUUGGGGGUGUGCUGGGUUUUCACGUUCUCCAUCACUGACUUUUCUUCGACCAAGUAAAGUGGAUUUCUAAGAGCA